AUGAAGGCAACACUGCUUGUGCUGGCCUUACUGGUGACCAGAGAGCUGGGCAUCCAGAUGGCGGAAACUUGCCCUGUUUUUUAUGGAAUCUUUGGUACGUUGGCUGUUGGAAGCAAGUUACUGUUGGAUAUCAGCCUUAAUCUGGUCCACGCUACCCAAGCAGAAAAAGUAGCCUUUGAAAAAAUCCAGGACUGCUACAAUGAGGCGGGAAUUGAAUCCAAGAUCUUGGAUCUGAUCGUCAUGGGCACUAUCACCACCAGCAAGGAAUGCAUCCACUAUGCAGUGGAUACGAUAAAGAAGGAUGUCACUAAACUUCUAAACUGA